UUUGUUUUAAAGCAAACGGAGCCACAUCACCCUCCGACCUCCAUCAAUAAUCUUCUUCUGCAAUCGCCGUUUUGUUUGUAUCCAUUCUAUCCGUUCUUUGCAAAACACUCAUCCCAUUUCGAACCCUACUCUUAACACCUUCAUUUUCAUUCUUAUACUCAAGUAUAUAAAUGGUGUCUACUUCAACGCUUUCUCUCUCUUCUCAUCCAAAGAUUAAUUUCGGAUUGCGAAACAAACACAGAACCGAGGUUGGGAGCAUAAGCUCCGAAAAGAGCAGUAAAUUUAAUGGCAUUGCGCCUGGUGUAAACUCCCCUUUUGCACUGGUUAGUUUCACCUCGAGGACCUUGCAGUCGAAAAAGUUCCUCAUUAAAGCAGCGGCCGCAGGCUCUGCUGAUCGCAAUUCCCGCUCUGGCAGUAGCUCUCGCAGAGUUUAUCAGCAGAGUCAAGCGCAAGCUCCACUUGCUCCCGUGAAAGACAUUUCUUCGUUUCUUCUUCCUGCCGGCGCGUUCCUCGUUGCAACUUUCGGUAUGCAAUUUCAAGAUUCGUACGUGUUCUCUACGUAGUCAUUAUGGUGUUAGUUGUCCUGAGCAAAGUGGUUCUCUCUCUUUCUUUUUUUCUUUUUUUU